CAUCGGGCUUGACGUCCUUCCCAGGCGCCAGCACGCACACUUCAGUGCCGCUGUUGUUUCUUAGGCACUACACAGCGGCACGAGGCCACAGGUCUGACGCCCAUCUCCCCUGACAGGCACUUGGUGUGCAGUGAGGGCUGCUGACCUGCUGUGCUGUGCAGUGACGUGGGUUCCCACAGGCGGCCAACGAUGACAUAGCUUCGCCGCGGGGGUCUCUGUUCGGAGCAUCAGCAACAUGUCUGAUGCUUAGUAUUGUGUAGUGACCGUGAAUGUGAAUGGGUAGUUGCAGGCAACCACCUGUCUUGUGCCUAUGUGAGUCUCUUCACACCCUGUGUGCCUCCCGCUGGAGCUGAGGGGGCUAAUUUGUGAGCGAUAUUGGCCGUUUGUUCAGCGUCGCGGUGUGUCAGUGACCCGUAUAAGGAGCAACCUGCUGGUGGAGGCUUCGGGAGGGAACAGUAGUGUCUGGUGCUUCAUCAAGAGCGUCUCUGCCAUGUACGGGAACUAUACUUCGGCAGGUCCUGCCUCCACACAGGUGUACGGAACACAGUUCUCUGCCACCUCUGGACCCUCCGCCGUGGCCUCAUCGUCCGUAGAAUCCUUGAUGUUUACGGUGCCCCCGCCCCCAUCGUGUCCAGCUCGGCACGACUCCUGCACGGCCUGCAUCUCUUGUACCUCGUGUGGCCGGGGCUCGCACCACUACCAUCACUCACCGACACCAACCCUCGCCUCUGUCUCGCCUACCUGCGCCUCCUCCACCCAAUCUGAGGAGGACCGCACGCUGGCGCUGCAGUUACGUGCCGCGGCGAUCUUCAACAAGACGGACGUAGCUGUUUCCGCUACAGGGCUCGGCGGUCCCGCCACCACCCUCAGCCUGCCUCCUCCGUCUUCUGCCAAUUUUCCUUACCCGCCUCCUUCACACCUAACUCCCUUCAGCCAUCCUGUCCAGUCCUGCGACACCAGUCCUGCCCAGUACUGCACCUGUAGUGCCUCGCCCAGCAGUAACUGUUCCAGCUCCUCCUCGCCACUCCCGUCUUGUCCGUACCACUCCUUCGCUGUCACGUCAGCCACCACCACCACCACUACAUGUGCAGCAGUAGCAACACCUUUCUAUCCCAACACAGUCAUGACCUCCCUCUCCAACACUGAUUUUGCCUCCAAAUCAGCCCCCGCCACUACCACCAGCACCACCGCUUACCUUGACUCUCCGUCACCCUCAGGGAUGAAGCGGAUGUCGGAGAUGGAAGGAGAGACGCCACUUAAACGCCCCCGCCCCGCCGGCGACACAGAACUGCGACUUCUUAUCCAGAGCAAGGCUGCUGGCUCCAUCAUCGGCAAGGGAGGACAGAACAUCUCCCGUUUACGGAGCGAGAAUCCAGCCAGUAUUACCGUGCCCGAUUGCCCAGGCCCCGAACGAGUGCUGACCAUCGGAGGCUCGGAGGAGGUGGUGCUGAAGGUGCUGAAUGAGGUGCUUCAGUGCCUGGACGAGGCUCUGCAGAAGGGAAAUGAGUCGGACGCCCGCAUACUGGUCCACCAGAGCCAGGCUGGGUGCAUCAUCGGCAAGGCAGGCUCCAAGAUCAAGGAACUGCGUGAGGAAUGUGGAGGGCAGAUCAAAGUGUAUACGAACUGCUGUCCCCAGUCUACCGACCGGGUCAUCCAGAUCACUGGUGACCGCGACCGCACCGUCCUUACCAUCACCCGGAUAAUUGAACUUCUGAGGGAGAGUCCCAUAAAGGGAAUGAACAAUCCCUACAAUCCUCACAACUUCGAUGAGUUCUUUGCCAAUGAAUAUGGAGGUUGGGGAGAGUCACCCAAGGGCAGAUUCCCAGGUGGUCCCAUGGGUCGUGGCCCUCCCCACAUGGGUCCUGUAGGACCAAUGGGUAGAGGACCAAUGGGACCUCCUGGUGGGCCACCAGGGGGGCCUCCAGGACCACCACCAUUUGGCCGCCGUGGGCCAAUGGGACCACCUCAUGGUCCUCCUCCUCCAAUGCGAGGUCCCCCAAAUGGAGAGUUUGAGGGAAUGCUAGGAAAAGGCAAACCUUUCAUGAAUGGCAGUGACCCUCAUAAUGGGGACCUGCCCACAACCUCAACUCAGGUUUUACAGGUGACGAUCCCCAAAGAUGCAGCCGGCGCUAUCAUCGGGAAGGGAGGUGCAAGGAUCCGCAAAAUCCGUUCUGACUCUGGAGCUUCCAUUUCCAUUGAGGAUUCCCGGCCGGGUACCAAUGACCGCAUCAUCACCAUCAAUGGGAGUGAGCCACAGAUCAAACAUGCCCAGUACCUUCUCCAGCAGAGUGUGCUGGAGUAUGGCGGCCAGCAUUACCAGGGUGGAGACUAUGAGGAGCAGACUAGCGUGAGGGAGUUUGGAGGUCAGACUGGCCGCAGAUACUAAGCACCAGCAGUAAGUCCAGCCAUCUUCAGAUUCUCAUAUUGAUGAAGUAGAUACACAUUACAACACUUAUUGCAAAAAGCUAAACCACUAGGCUUAGGGACUUGUUUGGAAGAGUUCUAACACAAGUGCUGUAGAAUGUUUACUCUAGGAUUAAAAAAAUAUAAGCCUUUCCAGUUGCUGGUAGGGCUCUUGAUGUAGGACUUUAGCGAAUCAUUGCUGAAGUGUCAGAGUUGCAGUAGUAUUCUGCCAAGCCGAGCUGGGUAAAGAAUGCCACAAUUUGCAUUUUUUUUUUUUUUUUUUUUUUUUUUUUUUUUUGGGGGGGGGUGUUGAUAAUGCCAAAUAAAUUUAAUUUGAGAGGAUUGUAACUAUGCUUGGGGGACUUUUUUGAAGCACAAAAUGAGUGCAAUUUGGUUGAUUGUACCUGCUUCAGUGAUGGUAUAGAUAAGGAAAUUACGAGCGCUGUUGAUGGAAUGACCUCACAGAUGACGGCUAGGAUUCCAUCCAAUAUAUUGAAGUAACUGUUAAUCAAAAACAUAACCUGUAUAGUUUUUUACUUAAGGCAGUGUUUCAGUUAAUAUCAGAAUUACAUAUUUUGAUUUUCUUAUAAUCUCUUAAUACAAUUGUAGAUUCUCUACUUUUAUCAUGUGAAAAGAAUGAUAUCUGAGGAAGGGGAAAUUCAUAAAUAUUUAGACUUCAUAUUGGAAGUCUAACGUCCACUAAUAAACUAUGAAUAUUCAGGUAUUUGACUAAAUAAACUAGCUCCAAAGUAAUCACUGAUGUAUUUUUGUACAAUUUAUUGUCAUAAUAUUUGUUUCAUGUUAUUCUACAUAUGGAUUACUAAUAAAUGUUGUCAUCUAACCCAUCAGUACUACUUCUACCAUUUACUUCCUGGUUCUCACCACUACUCUUCUUUAUUGUCCUCCUGAACGAGGAACACACUGUCUCUUAACCUUUCAUACUCUCUGUCUGAUAACUACUAGAUAUCUUUCCCUUUGCAAUCAGAGCUUCUUUUCAUGAGGGUUGUAGUAAUAUUUCCUGCCUUAACUCCUGUGCUAAAACCCUAACUGUUAGAUGUUGUGCCCUUCACGUAGAGGCUAUCCUGCCCUUUGCUUUAGCUCCUGUUUUUCCAUGGGAUGUAUUUAAGAUGUUUACUUAGCCGAUAUUGGUUUUGAGGGAGGUCAUAGCAGGUUUUUUAACUAUGUAGUAGACUAUGAUUUCUUUGCCUUGUAAACAUACUACAUACAUGUAGAGAAAAAUCAGCUAUAUUUGAUGAAGAGGAAGGGUUGUAUGCACAGGCCAUAGAGAGAAUAUAUUGAAAAGUGUUGCUGAGAUCAAUCAGUUAAGUUAACAUCUAAGGUACUUUCCUAGUAUGUUUGUAUGUCUGUACCUGAUAAUUGAAGCCAUUGUCCGUGUACAAAGGUAUCGUUGUCACCACUUUUAAGAAAGACAAAGGACACUCGCCACAACUUCAUUGUUCUCCAGCAGGUUCCCUCCCCUUCUUAGUCAUUUGGAAUAUGCAAUUCCAAUUUCCCACAGCAUGUUUCACUUUCUUUUUAUUUUGUCUUUUAUUUUUAUUUAUUUUUUUCUUUAUGCUCCUAUCACUUUAAACUAAUUACAGAAAUAGAAUAGUUUGUGUUCAGCUUUGUUUGAAUCUAUUUAGGUUUCAAAGCCCUUGGAUAACUUUCACAAAGUGUGAUUUGGCUAAUUGUUUGAGAAUGAGUUAUUGUUGUCAUCCCUGCUUUUGUAGGUCAAGUAGACAUUCCAUGCAGCACAUAUUUUGUUACAAAUUAUUGUUUAUUUUUACAUCUGAUUAAGCCUGCCCCUCAACACUUGCAAGAUGUUGAGUAUCCCUUUUUGUGGGCUCCAAAGCCAUCUGAGAAGAAACUAUUGUUAAGUUAUAUCAUUGGCUUUUUUUCAUACUGACUUGUAGUUCCUCCUGGUAAUACUGACCAGGUUUGGUAUAGUUUUAUUUUAAUUUUCUGCAGUUUGGAGCAAGCUUUUCCCUAUGAUGUAAGAAAGAGCCUUAACUCUAAUAGGAAAUAGGUAAUCUGUCCCCAUUGCCUGCAUACAUUAGUAUUUGAAGUUAUAUUACCUCGUAUAGAGUUUAUGUCCAGUGUAUCUAGAAAUUUUAACAAGAAUCACUAUUUGCUCCUCAGGGGAUCAAAUUUAACUAUGCAUGAACUGGCCCAGUAGGGAAAAACUUGUAUUGUGAAAUGCUGUAAUGACAUGUUGUGUGAGUUACCACCUUCCAUGAGAACUUCAAUGAAAUACACACAUGUAGUUCUUCCUUUCUAGUGAAGCUUUUACGUAAUGACAAUUAUUGAACUUUGCAUUACCAAUGAUUUCACACAAGCUACAAAAUGGUUAUAAUUAUCAAAGUUUGGAUGAUUAAAUUGAUAGUCUAAGAUGUGCCUAUGGUCCCCUGAAAAGCAAGUAUUGUCCUGCAACUUGACUGGAUGUUCACAUUUAAGAGAUUUGAUUUAUACAUAAGGACCAGACACUGUUAUUUGUGUCCAUAGUUUAAAACUCUUGAAGCCAUCCAUUUUGUAAUGUGAUUAAUGUAUUUUGCAUUCAUAUAAAGGAAUAAAUACCAGAAGAUAUCAA